UUGGCCAGAAGAUUCAGACCCGCGUGGUGAUUGGAAGGCCCUACGGAAGCGGGGCAGGCUGGGAGUUGACCCGGACCAUGGCUGCCGCGCCACCUCUGCGGGAUCGCCUGAGCUUCCUACACCGGCUCCCGAUUCUCCUGAAGGGCACGUCAGAUGACGACGUCCCGUGCCCGGGCUACCUGUUUGAAGAGGUCGCUAAAAUCUCCCACGAGUCGCUGGGCAGCAGCCAGUGCCUGCUGGAGUACCUGCUCAGCCGCCUGUGCAGCAGCUCUGGCCGUGUGAAGCUCAAGGUGCUGAAGAUCCUGCUCUACCUGUGCAGCCACGGCUCCCCGUCCUUCCUCUUCAUCCUCAAGCGCAACUCUGCCUUCAUCCAGGAGGCUGCAGCUUUCGCAGGGCCCCCGGACCCGCUUCACGGGAACAGCUUGUACCAGAAGGUGCGGGCAGCCGCCCAGGACUUGGGGAGCACGUUGUUCUGCGACACGGCACUGCGGCAGCCCCCCUCCCCCCGCCCCCAGGGCCUGUCCGCAGCAGGCACGGGCUCCCAGUCCAGGCCUCAUGGCGUCCUUCAGGGUUUCGGCUACAGCCAGGAGCAAGGCCGCACAGGCUCUGCUGGCGGGGUCUUCCUCUCCACCAUCCAGAAGGCCGCAGAGGCGGUGGCCAGCGCCGUGCGCCCUGGGCCUGAGGGUCCUGGUACCCAGAGGCUGUUGACAUGGAGUGACACCUACCAGCCUGCUGUGCCGCCGUCUACCAGCCCCUGCCACCCCACCUCUGGGGACCUGCCAUCCGGGGCCAUCCUGGGUGCCCGAGUGGUGAGACACCGGCCAGGGCAGGCAGGGGGUGGCUGGGACGAACCGGACAGCAGCCCCAGCUCGCAGGAUUCCUCCCAGAACGGUGACACGGGCAGGGGCUCGGGCAGUGACAGCCUCUCGGGGGCUAGCCGGGAGCUGGGCGAUAUGGCAGAGAGGGCCGAGGCCCUGGCCCUGAGCGACUGCCAGCAGGAGCUGAACCUGGUGCGGAGCGUGACACGGGGGCAGCGUGCCUUCCUGAGCCGGGAGGAGGUGCAGCACUUCCUCAAAGAGUGUGGGCUGCUCAACUGCGAGGCCGUGCUGGAGCUGCUGACCCGCCACCUGGGCGGGGCUGGCGAGUGCGCGCAGAUGAGAGCCCUGUGUGCCCUGGCCGCCCUGGGGGGCGCCGACCUGCUGCCCCAAGAGCACGUCCUGCUGUUCUCCCGGCCGCGGCUGCAGGAGCUCAGCAGAGGCAGCCCAGGGCCUGUGACCCACAAGGCCACCAAGAUCCUGAGACACUUCGAAGCCUCCUGUGGACAGCGGCCCCCCAUCCAGAGGCCCCCCGUCGCGCCGUCCCCCACAGCCACCCCCACCAGCCCGUCCGACCUGCUGACCGGCACUGUGCCUCUUGCUGGGAGCCAAGCCUUCCUCCAGCCUCUGAGUUCCACCCCGCUCUUGCCUAGGCCCCCUGUGCCCCCUGCACCGCCAGACACCUCCUCCCUCCCAGCCCCCGAGGAGGCCGGGGAGAGACUGGCAGGUCCCCAGCAGCAGGGGGCGGGGCCUGAGCGAGGCCCAGAGGGCACAGGCACCGCGCAGGGGUGCCCGGAGUCCUUGUUUGCCGGUAUGGACCUCGUGGCCUGUCCCCGCCUGCAAGGGGCCCAGGGGGCUGCCGAGGAGCCCCACCAGGCCCCCCAGGCUCCUCAAAUACCCUUACAGGGGGCAGCAGCCCAGAGGCCUCCUACCUCAGAGCCGUCAGCUUUUCCGUUCCUAAAUGCGUGACCGCCCGGGUUUGGCAUAUGGGGCUGUCUCGGUCCUUGGCUGGUGGUGACACUCAGGACUCCAUGGCCUUUGCUGCCUGCAGUCCUGGCGCCAGCCAGGAAGCAGCACUCAGGGGUCUGCUGGCCGGCCGCCUUGCCCCACUUGUCCACCAAGGCCUCGAUGUGACCAGCCCCGAGUAGGCGGCCCAGCAGUCUCUGGUGAAAACCCAGGUGGCCUCGGGGUGCCACAGACCAGCCCCAACAACACAUCACUGUGGAAGGGCCUGACCUGGGAGUUGGCAGUGUCUCUGCGGGUCAGGCUGUCCCAUGGGCAGUCAGGUCCCUACCCUGGGGCCGGGAUUCAUUUUGCCAUCCACUGAGAGACGGGCCUGCAGGCCCUGGCCGUGGUGCUGUGGGGUGGCUGGGGCCAGGGCCUCCCAAGGGUCCCUUAGGGCUGAGCUGAGUUUCCCUUGUUGCCCUUGCCAGGGGCUGGGACUUUGUACUUGAAUUCCUGCAACAGUGGGCAGGCAGGUGGCAGGGACUUAGACAUGCCAGCCUCCGGAUCUCAGCGGUGACCUCUGCCCGCCUCACAGUGGAGACGCUUUCCCACGUGGGUUGGGAAGCAGCUACUGGCUCUUACCUUGUUUCCACCGAGUCCUUAGGCAGGCCUGCGGUGGCCAUGAGCCGCCACCGCCAUGUCUGUCAGGUGGCGCAGGGCCCCGAGGUAGGUGUGGUGCCCGUGGCCAGGAGUCUGGUUCCGUCCACCUCAUGCUGUCUGACCUGUGGCCAUUCAAGUGUCAAACCCCCGGGUGGCCCGACUCGGCCUCCCUGUUCUCCUGCAGUCUGGGCCUGGCAAGCCUCCGAGAGAGGCGUCUGGUCGUCCCAGCCUGUGGAGAGCUCUGGGGCCCAUGCUCCUGAAUAAACACUUAAACGUC